UGGGAAGUCGCGAAUGGGUCUUCCAUCCCCGAAUGGGGAGGGGGUUUGGGUCCUGUCCUAAAGCGGCAGCGGUAAGCCGAAGUCCGAAGAGUGAGAGGGCGUCUGUUGCUGGUCCUCAGGUGAGGAGGCGCUCGAGGAGGAGCAGCCCCUCCCCCAUCGCUCCAAGAAGGGGGGCUCGGUGGGCGGCGUGUGUUACCUGUCGAUGGGCAUGGUCGUGCUGCUCAUGGGCCUGGUGUUUGCCUCGGUCUACAUCUACAGAUACUUCUUCCUUGCGCAGCUGGCCCGUGAUAACUUCUUCCGCUGUGGCGUGCUCUACGAGGACUCCCUGUCCUCCCAAGUACGGACUCAGAUGGAGCUGGAGGAAGACGUGAAAAUCUACCUUGAAGAGAACUAUGAACGCAUCAAUGUCCCCGUGCCCCAGUUUGGCGGCGGCGACCCUGCAGACAUCAUCCAUGACUUCCAGCGGGGUCUGACCGCCUACCACGACAUCUCCCUGGACAAGUGCUACGUCAUCGAGCUCAACACCACCAUCGUGCUGCCCCCUCGCAACUUCUGGGAGCUCCUCAUGAACGUGAAGAGAGGGACCUACCUUCCGCAGACAUACAUCAUCCAGGAGGAAAUGGUGGUCACGGAGCACGUCAGUGACAAGGAGGCCCUUGGCUCCUUCAUCUACCACCUGUGCAACGGGAAGGACACCUAUCGGCUGCGACGCCGGGCUACACGGAGGCGGAUCAACAAGCGUGGAGCCAAGAACUGCAAUGCUAUCCGCCACUUUGAGAACACCUUCGUGGUGGAGACACUCAUCUGCGGAGUGGUGUGAAGCCCUCCUCCUCCCAGGCCGCACCCCUGCCUCUUCCUUUUUUCUUCUUUCUGGCCACUCUCUGGCCCUUCUCCUUCCUCUUGCUUAGCUUGUACUUUGGACACCUUUCUAUAGUUGUGACGUGUCUCUCUGUUCCUUUCCAGCCCCUCCCUGUACCAGAGCCGUGACCUCUCGAGGCCCCUACCUCUGCCGACCUCCUGGGAGUGGGGGAGGGAAGGCGGAUGCCCCAAGCUGGUUUCUCUUGGAGUUGGGUCUGUGGAGGCUCAGGCCCACAGCUGCACUGGCAGCCCAAGGGGCAGGACAGGAUGGGUGAGCCGCACGGGUGAGGGGAGGGGGCUGGGAGAGGGGUGGCAUGGGCUUCAGAAAGAUCUGCACAGUUGGGAAGGUCCCAAAAGGCUUUUUCCUUGAAUGGCACAUUUCUUGCGCUGUCCCCUUUCCUAGGCCUGGGAUUUGGGCUAAGGAUGUGGGGGAUGUGCCCAGGGAUGGACCCACCAGAGCACAAGGGAAGGUGGCUGUCCUGGGGGUCUCCUCAGACUCCUGUCAGUGCCUUCAGCCCACCAGUAGAAGUCUGGAGUUUGGGGGGUGGAGCUGAGUCCUUCAAGCACAAUCGUUCUCCGAGUGGAACCAAAGAAGCAAAGAGCCAGGGCCCCCAGCCCUGGCCCCCAGGAGGAGCACAAGCGGGGUCCCCGCAGCCAAGGCCAGGGCAGCAGGGUGGGCCACAGAGGAGUGAGGUGAAGGAGAUCACUUCUCAGUCCUGUCCAUGGGAGAUGAGCUGUUGGUUCUGUGGAGUAGGUGGAGUUAAUUGCUUUCUCCAAGCUUGCAGCUGCUUUAAGAGAUGAAAUAGAAGGAAAGGGAGAGAGCCACCUGGUACUUGUACACCCUGCCUCCUCUUCUGAAAUUCCAUCCCCCUCUGCUUGGGGGAAUGCACUGUUUUUUCCUUUUCCUUCUCACUUUUGCAUGUUUUUACUGAUCAUUUGAAAUGCUAACUGUUCUCAGCCCUGAGCCUUGAAGAGGAGGACUGCAAUGCCUCCAGUCAGACUCAGGUGCUCUCUGGGGAUGUACCUCCUAAAUGCUUUGUAUAUUUUCUCAGUUAGAUCUCUUUUCAGAAGUGUCUGUAGAACAAUAAAAAUCUUUUACUUCUGA